AUAGAAAGAUAUAUAUUCUGGUGAUUAAUAUUUACAUGUACUAAUAUAUAGUACUCUUGAAAAAAUUGAAACUAUAAUUGAAGAGCUUUUUCUUGAUAUAUGUUCAUUUGUUUGAUAUCCAUUGUUAUGCAAAUAUUAAGAAAAACAAGUUGAUUGCGCCUAUUAACUUUAAGACAAACAUAUAUAACGCCAAGAAAAAUAAUCAUCGCAUUGUCAAAGCUCAAAUAGCACUGUUCAUUAAUAACACAAAUAUGAGCAUACCAUAUGACGAAAAUCUUAUUUGGAUACUAAUAGUUGGGUUCAUAGUAGCAUUCGUCCUAGCAUUUGGCAUAGGUGCCAACGAUGUUGCAAACAGUUUUGGGACAAGUGUGGGUGCUGGAGUCCUUACAAUUUUUCAAGCUUGCAUCUUGGCAACUUUUUUUGAAAUUGCUGGUGCCGUACUGAUAGGAUAUAAGGUCUCUGAUACAAUGCGUAAGGGUAUACUAGAUGUCACAUUAUAUGAAGGCCAUGAAAAGGAAUUAAUGAUAGGAGCACUUUCUAGUUUAACUGGAUCUGGAAUCUGUUUAUUGCUUGCUACAGCAUUUCGACUUCCAAUUUCUGGUACACAUUCCAUAGUUGGAGCUACUGUAGGAUUUUCUCUUGUUUGUAGAGGAACAGCAGGGGUAAAAUGGAUUGCCCUAAUAAAUAUAGCAGCAUCGUGGUUUGCAAGCCCUGUACUCAGUGGCAUCGUGUCUGCUACUAUCUUCUGGCUCAUAAGAAAAUUUGUGUUAAGAUCUAGCAAUCCUUUUGAAACGGGACUUCAUAUACUUCCUUUGGCGUAUGGCCUCACCAUUGCCGUCAACGUCGUUUCAGUUGCGCAUGAUGGACCUAAAUUGUUGAUGUUGGAUAGAAUGCCAUGGUGGGGUAGCUUGACGGCCGCAUUGAGUUUAGGAUUAUUUUCAGGAAUUAUUGUUUAUUUAUUUAUUGUACCAUGGCAAAGAAAAAGAAUCAUUUUAACUGAUCCUGGUGGUGAAAAAAAGACGGCCUUGUGUACGUGCGAUAAAAGCGAAACAACAGCUAUGUCUAUAAUUUCGGAAAAUCCAUGUAGUAGUAAUAGUGACGCAAAAGAAGUUGCUGCACCAAAAUUACGUGGUAACAGUAGUGCUAGUCCACUUUUAAUAGUAGCUGGUUCUAAUGCAGAAGAAAGUCAAACUGAAAAUGAUAAGAAAGACGAAGAACAACCAGAAGUGUCAAAGUUAUUUUCAUUUCUGCAAGUAUUAACAGCUGGUUUUGGUAGUUUUGCACAUGGUGGUAAUGAUGUUAGCAAUGCUAUCGGUCCUCUCAUAGCACUAUGGGCAAUAUAUGCUGAAGGUUCGGCGAGACAAGAAGCUGAAACACCAAUAUUAAUACUACUCUAUGGUGGAUUAGGUAUCUCUGCUGGCUUAUGGAUAUGGGGACGUAGAGUAAUCCGUACAUUAGGAGAAGAUUUAGCACGUAUCACACCUACUACAGGCUUCACUAUAGAGCUAGGAGCUGCAGUGACAGUUUUGUUGGCAAGUAAGGCUGGUUUACCUGUGUCAACAACUCAUUGCAAAGUAGGAUCGGUGGUAUGUGUUGGAUGGGCAUCGCGCGGUGGUGAGGGUGUUUCUUGGAAACUGUUCAGAAAUAUUGCUUGUGCAUGGUUAAUAACUGUACCAGUGGCUUGCGCCCUAUCUGCAGGCUGUAUGGCUAUUUUUAAAACAUUUCUUACUUUAUGAUUUUAUUAUUUAAAUAAUUUCAGAUGAUUUAGAGAAGCCAUUCAAUACUAAAACUGCUGUGAAUAAAUCAUGCAGAAAUAAAUAAUUGAACACCA